AUGGCGGCCCCGGAGGAGCGCAAGAGGAAAAAGAGGAGGCGCCAAGCGCAAGGCGAUGAGGAGGGUUUUGUUUCUGGCUUGGCGAGAACUUCUGAAGGGCAUCAGACCGUGGAGCCCUUGAGAUACAAGCAUCUCAGCGUUGGCAUGAAGUUGUGGGGCAGUGUUGUGGAGAUCAACAAACAGCGCCUCAAGAUUGGUUUGCCUGAUGGACUCUAUGGCACUGUGGAUGCUUGUCAGGCAUCAGAUGUUUUGGCUCUGUUGAUGGAUCCCAACAAUGACGAUGUUGCCAACUUGCAACAUUCCGGUGGCAGGGCACCCUUCCUCUCUGAACUCUUCUUCCUUGGCCAGUAUGUCCGUUGCACUGUUCAUUCAUUGUCACAGACUGGGACAAAGUGGCACGUUGGCUUAUCUCUUCAUGUGGCAUCAAUCAAUGAUGCCAUCGUGGCAUCUGAUGUGAACAAGGGAAUGCUGCUGGUAGCAUGUGUUAAAACAGUGGAGGACCAUGGCUACAGUCUUACCUUUGGCGUAAAGGGACUUACAGGUUUCCUAAGAAAAGACGAAUAUGAAGGUUGUUGUGGGGUGGGCAGCACUCUCCUUCCAGGGACGCUGCUGGAAUGCGUUGUUGAGAAGAAGGGGGGGCGUGGCCCAGUUCAGGUCACCACAGCACCUCAGAGAAUCAGGGUAGCCAGCUUGAAACCUGGGCCUGGGCUUCAAUUCGGGGCUGUGCUACCUGGCACGUUAGUGAAGGCGACUAUCGACAAGACACUUGACCAAGGCUUGGUCUUGUCGUAUCUUGCUUCGUUUACAGGAACUGUUGACUUGUUCCACAUGCGACACGGAUACCAGCCAGGCAGCUUGCAGGCCUAUUCUGUGGGUCAGGUGGUCUCAGCUCGGGUGAUACAUGUGGACCCUGCAACCCAUGAUGUUGGGCUGUCACUGUUGGACCAUCUGUUGCACAUGUCACUGCCAUGGAUGCCAUCCAUUGUUGGUGGAAUAUUUGAGAAUGCCACAGUACGAAGGGUUGAUCCAUCGAUGGGUGUCUUGCUUUCUAUCCCAACGGAGCCCACACCAACUCCAGCAUAUGUUGUGAAAGCCAUGGCAACAGAUGACGAUUCUUUCAAGCAACUCUUGGAGUCGGGUGGCUUGAAGGUGGGGAAGCAAGUGAAGGCAAAAGUUUCCGGAUUUCGGGUUAUGGAUGGGGUGGGCGCUGCUUGCCUGAAGCCAUCUGUCCUUGAGCAUGGAGUCAUGUCAUAUGAGGAUGUCUACCCAGGCCUUGUUAUUGGAGGAAAAGUUGAGAGAAUUCUGGAAAAAACAGGUGGCCUUCUGGUAAGGCUUGCCCCGGAGGUGAUAGGUUUUGCAUCUGAGCUGCACUGCGAAGGACGGACACCCACAAGGCUGAAGAAAAUGUUCCCUCCUGGAGAAAAGGUCCUAUGCCGCGUUUUAAACAGCAGCCCAGAUGAUAAGACCGUGAAACUGACGCUCAUAAAGGGCCUUGUAAAAUGCAAGUUCCCCAUGUUUGGAAACUGGGCCGACGUCCAAGCUGGAAUGAGGGCGACUGGAUAUGUUUCAUCUGUGAAGCAGAACGGAGUACAUGUUUCAUUCUGCGGCAAUGUCCAUGGCCUGGUCCCAGUUGCAGGCUUGGACUUAGGUGAUGGGGAGACGCCUGAAGGCUGCUUCAAAGUUGGGCAGGUCUUGAGGCCAUGGGUUAAACAAUGGGACUCAAGGCGCCAACGGAUGCAGCUUACAUUGAAGAAGUCCUCGAAUGAAAAAGUCAAGAAUGGAGGCAACAAGCACAUGCAGGUGCAUGGUGUUUCGCUGGAUCCCUGCAAAGGCGGCACCUUGUGCCCUGGGGACAAAGUCAAGGGGAAAGUGAAGCAGCCAGUGAAGACAGCAACAGGCACUGGAUUCAUUGUGGGCAUAACAUCAGCCAAGGGGGUGGAAGGACAGGCGUUUCUGGAGUCCGCCCACUUGUCAGAUCACCCCUUGGCUGUUGAAGCCUUGUCAUCUUCAUUACAGCCAGGCUGUGCAAUUGGGACUCUCUUGGUCCUUGUAGCAGAGCCACAGGCGUUGGUGACCCGAAAGGCAUCAUUGCUGGAAGAAUGUACAACACUUUUUCAAAGCUGUGGGGAUGUUGAAGAGGGCAUGACGCUGCCAGGUUAUAUAGCCCAUGUGUUCCCAGAUGCGCUCACAAUACGAUUUCUGGGUGGUCUAGAAGGAAGAGUGGAUCGUUCGCAGUGGCCUAGCUCUGAUUUGACAGAAGGAGAUUUUUUUGUGGGCCAGUCAGUCCGGGUGCAGAUCAUGAAGGUGGACUUCAAUGACAACAAAUUGUUCUUGACGAUGAGACCUACUAGGGUCAGCAGAGAAGAGACAGGAUACCUGAAGAAUGGAUUCAGUGAUUUGGAGUUUGCAGAGAAAAUUCGUGCAAAGUCCGACCCUGAAGCGGCAGUGGACUGGUACAAGCAUUUUGCUAUUGGACAGCGUGUGCAAGCCACAGUGUCAGAGAUAAAACCAUAUGGCAUUGUUUGCGAUUUUGAGGAACACGAGGAUUUGGUUGGACUUAUACCAAAGAACCAUAGCUCAGAAGGGGUGCUGAAUGAAGGAGACGAGGUUGAGGCCAUGGUGCUGGAUGUUUCCAAACAUGCUGGAAUUGUACGGUUGACGUUAAGGCCCCAUCUUGUUAGCUCUGGUGGUUUGAAUUCCACCAGGAGAGAAAGGCCAGCUGUUGCUGCUGCUGUCACAGCUGGAGAGUGUGUGGAGGCAGUUGUUGAAUUAGUAGAAGAUCAUUAUCUGAUAGUCUCCUUGCCAAGUAAAGGGAAUGCGGUUGCUUUCACGUCAUUAAGAGACAUUAAUCUGCAGGGCCUCAAUGUUCAGCAAUGCUUCCAGUCAGAUCAAGUCAUUCAAGCAGCAGUUGCUGCACCCGCCAGCAAGGCUUGGGGUGGCAGGAUUCUGUUGCAGAUCCCUCUUGGUGUGUACCUGAGCCAAAUGAGUCAGAAAUCCAAACAGGAUAGCAAUCAGGUGCACACAUUCAGUGAGGGGGAACAUGUGCAGGGUAAAGUCACAGAUGUAUAUGACACACACCUUCUGAUGAAGCUAACCACACGAGUACAUGGCAAGCUGAGUGCCUUGGAAUCGGGCCAUUGUCUUGAAGACGUUUCCAACUUUAAAGAGCGCUUCCAUGUGGGCGAAAAUCUUCUGGCAAGGAUCAUUAAGAUGGAGCUGAACAAAAAUCUUGUGCACCUCACACUUCGGGAAGCCAGCAAUGAACUUCCAAGCAUUGGCGAUCUUGUGAUCGGUGUGGUGUCAGCAACAGGGCCUCACAAAGUCAAUGUGACUCUGAGACGGGGUGUCCAUGGCAGGGUGGCUUAUACUGAUGUUCAUGAUCACUUUCUGGACAACAUCGAAGAGAUCAUUCACAAAGGUACACUGGUUUGUGCCCUUGUCGUUGGGCAAGAUGGUCACAGAAGCUGUCAAUUGUCUCUGCGACCGUCUGAUGGAGGGUGCGUAGCCGGUGCUGCUGCCCUCCCUGAAACAGGUGAGCAGUGCCCUACCUCUCUGGAUGCUGGGGACUUGAAGGUGGGCCAGGUGGUGACAGGAUACGUGAAAAACUCCACAGAUAUUGGCCUUUGGGUCACGCUGAGCAGAAGUCUUGAUGCCAAGGUGUUGCUGAGCCAGAUGUCGGAUGCCCAUGACUACUCUCUGGGACUGAAGGUCAGUGGAAGAGUCACAAGCAUUGCACAUGGGAAGAUCUCGAUGAGCCUGAAGGACAACACAGCAGUGAAGGAUGUAGCAGCAGUGCAAAUCAAAGAAGGGGAGAUUGUUGAAGGCAGGGUGCAGAGGAUUGUUGAGUAUGGGGUGUUUGUAAACAUUGAUGGUGCACAAAAGCAGUCUGGCCUUGCGCACAGGUCCAAUUUGGCAGAUCAUGCUGUGAAGGACAUUUCAGGCCUGUUCAAGGUGGGGCAGCAGGUGCGAACACUUGUCAUGAAAGUGGACAAGGAGACUGGCAAGAUUGCCCUUGGGCUAAAGCCAUCGCAGGUUGGCAGCCAGGCAGAAGACAGAGAAGAGGCAGACUCUGAUGGAGACUUUGAGAGGGCGCUUGUGCAAGAAGACAACAGCACGGAUUCCAUGUCACUUGAUAGCCGCUGCUCUGUUGAGGAUCUGGACGACGUGACGAUACAUUCUGGUGAUGAGCAAGAUGCAGAUGUUGCAACAUAUGACGAGGAGGAUGCCAGUGUAUCUGACGAUCAGCAACCCAAUGGCAAGGAACCUGAGCCAGCAAGUGUGCCAGAGGACACGUGGGGCCGUCUUGUGCUUGACGAAGACAGGGGUGCUGAGCCCAUGUCUGAUGGUCAGGCAGACCAGUCCAGGAAGCAUCUGAGCAAGGCACAGAAGAAGAAACUCAAACGAGAGCGUGAGAACCAGAUUUACAAGCAGGAACUGGCACGCGUGUCUGGGGAGCACACCCCCUCUAGUGCAACAGACUUCGAACGACUUCUGCUGUCCACCCCAAACUCGUCGCUGGUGUGGGUGCGGUACAUGACGUUCCUGUUGUCUGUGGGCGAAGUGGACAAGGCCAGGGGGGUGGCUGAGCGCGCACUGCAGACAAUAGACUCCAGCGAGGAAACUGAGAAAUUCAACAUUUGGGUGGCAUACCUGAAUCUCGAGAAUUAUUAUGGCACGCCACAUGACGAAGUGGUAAUGAAACUCUUUCAGCGUGCCCUGCAGUACAACGAGCCCAAGAAACUGUACUUGGCGGUGUUCAACAUGCUUGACCAGAACCCUGCAAGCCAAGAACUGGCUGGACAGGUGUUAAAAACCAUGACACGGAAGUUUGGAUCUAGUGCGAAGGUUUGGCUGAGAGGCAUAGAGCACAAGUUGAAAAGAGGGGAGGGCAGGCAGUCCAGAAAGCUUCUAGAGGCGAGCCUCAAGACACUGCCGAAGAGGAAGCAUGUGAAGGUCAUAUCGCACACAGGGCUGUUGGAGUUCAAAUGUGGAAGUGCAGAGCACGCCAGAGACAUUUUCGAAGGUGUGGUGUGCAACUAUCCGAAGAGAAUCGACCUCUGGAGCGUCUAUUUGGACCAGGAGAUCAAACUCGGGGACCAGGAGCGGAUUCGAUCGCUGUUCGAGCGUGCCACACAUCUCAAGUUGCCGCCACGCAAGAUGAAAGUUCUCUUCAAGCGGUACCUUCAUUACGAGAAGACUUAUGGGGACGAAGCAACAGUGGAAAAUGUGAAGAAGAGGGCCGUGGAGUAUGUCCAAAGCGUUGAAGGCUGUGUAAUGUAG